CUACAAUUUCUAUUUUUACAUAGCUACCCAUCAUUCAUGUCCCCUGUAUAAAUUUGGUCUUGGCUGCCCCAAAAGUUCAUGUCACGCCCCAAGAAAUCGAAUUUGAAAUUAGACCUCCAAAUCAAUAAUGCAUCACAAUCCCUUUCCAAGUCAUCAAGAAAGUAACCAAAACUCCAAAGCACUGCUAAAGAUGAUGAACCAAUAUCACGCCCACGAUGAUCUCUUCCCAAACCGGUGCACUUCAAGCCUAGUCCAAGAAAUAGACGCACCGCUUUCUCUGGUCUGGUCUUUGGUCCGUCAAUUCGACAACCCACAAGCCUACAAGCGGUUCAUCAAGAACUGCACCAUGAUAGCCGGUGACGGCGGCAUCGGAAGCGUCCGGGAGGUCAUGGUCGUGUCAGGUUUGCCGGCUGAAACAAGCAGGGAAAGACUAGAUAAACUGGAUGAUGACUUGCAUGUUAUGGAGUUCAGCAUAAUUGGCGGCGAUCACAGGCUCGUGAAUUAUCAGUCCACAACUACGUUGCAUGAGGAUGAUGGGGGAAGGAGCGAUCAGACGGUGGUGAUUGAAUCUUACGUUGUGGAUAUUCCACCGGACAGUAGUGAGAUGGAUACGUGCUUGUUUGCUGACACCAUAGUUGCCUGUAACCUGAGGUCUUUGGCUAAAAUCAGUGAGAAAAUGGCACGGAAAGUUCAAGUUCCUCCAGCUGCAUGACUCUUCAAGCUUUUGAAUUUUCCUAUUUCUCCUUUUCUAUUUUGUUGGCUGGACUUUUUCUAGUCAUUUGGAUUCCAGUGUUUUCUUUUUUUUGGGUUUUUUGUGCUU